UAUUAAUCUAACGGUUUAUAUAUAAUCAAUCCACCGCACUGUAAUCACUAUUGUCCGACUGCACACUACCAAAGAUGAUGUUAGGUACAAGACCAUUUAACACACAACACAAAGGUAUCAACAAAUACGCGUUCUUUGAAUUCCACACACAAAACAAAACCCAGAAAACAACAUCAAUAAAUGAACCAAUAUUAAACCUCAACUCAACCUAUGAACCCAAACCAAACCAUAUCAAAAACAAUCUCAACAUGUCAUCAUAUUCAAAUCCAACCUUAACAACACUAAUCAUAAUCCUCCUCACAACAAUUUCCUUCACCUUAAUCCCAAAAACAAAUUCCCAACAAGAAUACGUAAACAACCAACAACUAGAUUGUUAUAACACAUACAAUUCAACCUUAGGCAACAUUUGCAACAGCAUCAAUUCAUGUCAAUCAUAUCUCACAUUCAAAUCAACACCAAAUUACAACACACCCUCUUCCAUUUCAAAUCUCCUCAACACAACACCUUCCCUCAUCUCACAAUCCAACAACAUCCCCACCGUCCAAUCAUUCCCCUUAGACACAAUCACAACCGUUCCUGUUAACUGUUCUUGUUCAGGUAACAAAAACUACUAUCAACAUAACACUACCUACACUUUGAAAACCCUCGGUGAAACAUAUUUCACCGUCGCUAAUAUUACUUACCAAGCUUUAACAACUUGUCAAGCUCUUAUUGCUCAGAAUCCUUCUCAUGCUGUUCGAGAUCUCAAUCCUGGUGACAAGAUUACGGUUCCUUUGAGAUGUGCUUGUCCCACGAAAAAACAGAGUGAUGAAGGAUUCAAGUAUCUUCUCACAUAUUUGGUUUCUGAAGGUGAAUCAGUUUCUUCCAUUGCUGAUAUUUUUGGAGCUGAUCUACAAAGUGUUUAUGAAGCUAAUGAACUUUCUUCAACUUCCAUAAUUUACUACUUCACACCACUUUUAAUCCCUCUCAAAAAUGAACCACCGAAAAAAAUCAUAAAACAAGCUUCACCGCCGGAGACGGUGGAGCCACCGGAUUCCGGUGGUUCAUCCUCUUCCAAGAAAUGGGUCAUCGUCGGUGUCGCGGUUGGAGUUGUCGUUUUGAUUCUGGUAGGUCUUGCUCUGUUUUUCCUCUGUUUCCGGCGACGAAAGCAACCGGAGCUACCACCGUCGACGGUUAAGAAAUUUUCAGAUUCUGAUACGAAAAAGAUUUCAGAUUUUAAUUCCACAACAACAAAUACUCAAUCUUGGUCCCUUUCUUCUGAGGGGAUUCGAUAUGCGGUUGAUUCGUUGACUAAGUAUAAAUAUGAAGAAUUGCAAAAUGCUACAAAUUUUUUCAGUGAAGAGAAUAAGAUUAAAGGUUCUGUUUAUAGAGCUUCUUUUAAAGGUGAUGAUGCUGCUGUUAAGAUUCUUAAAGGUGAUGUUUCAUCUGAGAUAAACAUUUUGAAGAGAAUUAAUCAUGCUAAUAUUAUAAGAUUAUCUGGUUUUUGUGUCUACAAAGGUAACACUUAUCUUGUUUAUGAAUUUGCUGAGAAUAAAUCUCUUAAUGAUUGGCUUCACAUUGAGAAAGUGAAAUCUAAUUCUAUGUUUUUGAGUUGGUUUCAUAGAGUUCAAAUUGCUCAUAAUGUAGCUGAUGCACUUAAUUAUCUUCAUAAUUAUGCUAAUCCACCACAUGUUCACAAGAAUUUGAAAAGUGGUAAUGUUCUUUUAGAUAGAAAUUUUAGAGGUAAAGUUUCAAAUUUUGGUUUAGCAAGAGUUAUGGAGAAUGAAGGUGAAGAAGAAGGGUUUCAAUUAACAAGACAUGUAAUAGGAACACAAGGUUAUAUGGCACCUGAGUAUAUUGAAAAUGGUUUAAUUACUCCAAAAAUGGAUGUUUUUGCAUUUGGUGUUGUGAUUCUUGAGCUUCUUUCUGGUAGAGAAGUUGUUAAUGAUGAUAAACUUUUGUCUUCAAGUUUUGAGCAAGUUUUUGAAGGGGAAAAUGUUAGAGAGAAACUUAGAGGUUUUAUGGAUCCAAAUUUGAGAGAUGAAUAUCCUUUGGAACUUGCUUAUUCAAUGGCUGAGAUUGCUAAAAGAUGUGUUGCUAAAGAUCUUAAUUUAAGACCUAAUGUUUCUGAGGUUUUUAUGGUUUUGUCUAAGAUUCAAUCUUCUACAUUGGAUUGGGAUCCUUCUGAUGAAUUUGAACGGUCUAGAUCUGGUAGUCAUGUUUCUGAUAGUAAAUAUUUUAGUGCCAAUGUAUAAGUGUUUUAGAGUUUAUUUAAUGAUUUUUUUUUUAUCAAAUUUAAUGAUAUUUAUAUAUGUAGAGUUUUAUGCUAGCAUCUUUUGUAUCAAAUCACAUGCAUUGGUGAUUGUUUUGGUAUUAUAAAAGUGUAGUUUUGUUGUAAUUUUGUUAAAAAUUUGUGUUUAAAUAAUAUUUUUCUUAUAAAAUAGAUAGAAGUCCACACUUUGAGCUUGUACAUUAUUUUAUUUUAUUUUUUGACAGGAAAUAAAGACAUGUUUGGAUUGAAUUAUCAAGUUAUCAUAUGUACUCUUGAGACAGUUUAUGAAAACAUCAUAUUACAUAUAA